ACAGAACAGAGACAGAGGAGCAGAAACAACCAACCAGAACCAACAGAACCCCACGGGUCGGCUUCCUGUGGUUCAGAAUGACUUCCUGUGUGCUGUCCGUGCUCCUACUCGUCACGGGGGUGUCCAUCAUGGCUGCUGCUGAGCCUGCUGCUUGUAAAGUCCGGAUCACUGACAAAGGACUGGAGAUGUUGAAAUCUGAGACUCAGAAGUUUGUUGAAGAGGAGCUCACUAACAUCAGUGUGCCAGAGAUGAAGGGCACAGAAGGACGCUUCCAGUACACCAUCUCUGAUGUGAAGAUAAAAGAGCUGAAUUUAAGUCACUCGGACCUGCAGUUCAUCCCUGAUGUUGGCUUGUUGUUCGACGUUCAGAACUCAUCCAUCUCCCUGAGCUUCUACCGACAGAUCCUCUACUGGUUCUUCUAUGACACAGGACACAUCAAUGCAUCAGCUGAAGGAGUAAACAUCAACACGGCUGUACACCUGAUCCGAGAUGUUGAAGGACGACUGAAAAUUAACAACAUCACCUGUGAGGCCAAAAUUAAAAAAAUGAGGGCAGAGUUCAGUGGAACACUUAGGAGAGUUUAUGACUUUUUGGGUAAAUUUCUGACAACAGGCCUGCGCUUCUUUCUCAACAAGCAGAUCUGCCCAGCUCUAAAUCACGCUGCUCUGGUUCACGUUAACGCCAUGUUGGAAACCAUUCCUGUGAGGACAGAGGUGGAUUCAUAUAUUGGGAUUGAUUAUUCCCUGAUUGACGAUCCAGUGGUGACGUCCCAGAGCCUUGACAUGCACUUUAGGGGGAUGUUUUUUGACCUGUCUAAUCAGAACCUCACACUGGUAAACUAUGCAGUGGAGCCAGUGAUCAGGGAGUUUGACAGGAUGGUGUAUCUGGCUCUGUCUGAGUUUUUCUUUGACAGCGGCUUGUUCUCGUAUUAUACUGCUGGAAUUUUCCAAAUGCACAUCGUAAAUGAAAAGAUGCCCAAAGACCUGGAAAUGUUGCUGAGAACCACCUACUUUGGAACCAUAAUGAUGAUGAAUCCAGCUUUGGUGGACGCUCCGCUCUCUCUGCAGCUCGCUGUCAACUCACCUCCUAAAACCUCCAUCAAAACAUCUGGAGCAACCGUUGUCAUGACAGCCAUUGUGAAGGUGAUGGUCCUUCCUCCAGGGCAGCCUCCAGUGCAGCUCAGCAGCAUGACCAUGGAAACAAAAUUUAACGCCAAAUUUUCCAUGAGAGGAAAACGCCUGGCGGUCCACGCUGAUCUCCGCAGAUUUAAGAUCUUCUCCAACCAGUCAGCUCUCGAGUCUUUGGCACUGAUUCCUCUGCAGGCUCCUCUGAAAACCAUGCUGCAGAUGUCCGUGGUUCCUCUGAUCAACAAUUGGACCAAGAGGGGCGUCCGGAUCCCUCUGGCUGAUGGGAUGGACUUCAUAGAGGAGGUGGUGGAGUAUCACAACGGUUUCAUUGUGAUUGGAGCAAAUCUUCACUUCAGCAAAGGCCUGAGGGAGAUGGUGGUGGGGAGUCCGAGCACCGAGACACAGACCAGCAACACUACCCUCACUGUCUGAGCGCUCAUCAAUCAGCCAUAACAUUAUGACCGGUCACGACCCAAUAUUC